AUGAUCUGCUCUUGGCAAACUUUCCAAAUUCUCAGGAAAUACUUGACAAAUAAUCGUUUGAAUGGGAUUUGGAAUUUGUUGUUGAACCCUCGGGAUUUAGACUUUAACACGGGCUUAAAAAAUAUUUGUAAAGAUCAGGGUAGGUCUUGGAGAGCUUGUCAUUGUCGAUAUUUUGUAACUUCUUCUCGUUCAUCUCAUGAAAAAAGCUGUCAUGAGGAUAUUGAUCAGAAAAGGGGAGAGAAGAAGGCGACAUGCAAUAAAAGUGUUUUCCUUCUUUCCGUUUUUCGGCUGGUUAGUGUGUAG